UGCGCUGGGACGUCCUCCAGGUAAGGGACGCUAUUCAGUGUGCGGACGUUCGCCGGGCUCGGAAGCUCCGCGUCUGUCUCGGCGCGGCUCGGAUCCGCUCGUCAAGAGCUGUGAAUCUGAUGGCAUGGCGUUGAUCACCCUGCGGAGAAACUUUUGUCAUAUGUCUGACUUUUGGAUACCUGGAGCUGUGGCUGCUUUGAAAAUUCACCCUGCCAAUCACGUCCAAAAAGUAGUCAAAGAUCGUCUCCGUGUUUGGUUCUGUUCCCUACAACCUGAACUGUUGAGGGUCAGAUUCCAUCAUUCCUACUGUAAAAACUUCCACUCAGAAAACGGAAAUGACCUUCAUCCAGCUGCUGAGCCGUGGUUCUCUCAAGUACAGGAAUGGAACCAGCUGGAACAAGGUCUUAAAAAUGAGGAUGAAGAGACGCUUUACAGGAGGAGACUAAACAGCUUCCUCUCCCCGGAAGAAGUUCUGAGUUUCCUAAGUACACUGGACACUGUGCCUAUCUCUUUGGCGUCAGCAGCCUUACAUAGGAUUUGUGAGGUGGGGAAAAGAGAUGGUGAGCAAAGGCUGCCGCAAGGAAUACUAGAAAACAGCAUCUUCCAAGCUUUAUGCCUUCAGUGUGAGCGGGAUCCCUCACAUCUGACCAAUGCUGGUUUGGUGAUGGCUUUGCAGUCUCUGGUUAUGGUGCCUGUGGAAAGUAGCCUGAUGCUGAGCCUCAUGGCAGAAUGCCAGAGUCGUCUCCGGAGAGGCAGCCUGGAAGCCCACCAUCUUUGUCUUCUUGGGGAAACUCUGGUUAGAUUUCAAGGUUCAGGCUCUGAGACACUGGAACUGGUUAUCUGUCAACUGCAAAGUGAAAAUUUGGAAACAUUUGCCCCAGAGGAUAUUGUGGCCAUUUAUAGAAUCCUGCAGGCAUGUCCUGAAAAAGUGGACCAGCACCAGACAUUUUUAAACUCAGUAAACAGCUUUUCCCUCUCAAUAGUUUCCUACCUGAGUCCUAAAUCCAUCAGCCAUGUGCUCGCUGCCUUGGUGGCCCUUGACCAGACGCAUGCACUGCCACUGGUUAUAAAACUGGGCAAGUACGCCGUGAGGUGCAUUCCUCGUUUUACUAAUGAGGAGCUCAGGAAGGUCUUGGAAGCAUUCGUGUAUUUCGGACACAGCGACAGGUUUUUCACGGAGGCGUUAGAGCAGCACGUAGCUGCCCUGUGCCUCUCCUUGGACCCUGAGGUCACCAGCACCGUGAUGGAGUACUGCAGUAGAAAGCGGAUUCUUUCCAAGCCCAUCCUCGACGCAGUUGCAGAGACUUUUGUCUUCCAGUCAGAAAAAUUUUCACCUAGUCAGAUUUCUGAAUUAAUCGAACCGUUUGGGAAACUAAAUUAUUUGCCACCGAAUGCCCCUGCUUUAUUUAGGAAGCUAGAAAGUGUGCUGUUUGCUCAUUUCCACCAUUUUCCACCAAAAAUGCUGUUGAGGCUUCUUCACUCAUGUUCGCUGAUUGAAUGCCAUCCAGUCAAUUUUAUGUCAAAAAUAUUCAGCCCCUUUUUCCUUCAACGGCUGCAAGGUAAAGAGUCAUAUUUGGACAGAGUGAGCCUGGCUCAGCUGACCCAGCUUUUCAUGACCUCUGUCCUAGAGUGUGCAUUCUAUAAGGGCCCCAAACUCCUUCCUCAGUGUCAUGUGACGUCGUUCCUUACUCCAUGCUGCUCCCUGGAGACCCCUGUGGAUCUCCAUCUUUACAAGUCUGUGGUGAUUGGACUGAUUGAUCUUUUAGGAUCAAGAUUGUAUUUUGCGUCGAAAGUGUUGACCCCCUAUUGUUACACCAUUGAUGUUGAAAUUAAAUUAGAUGAAGAUGGAUUUGUAUUGCCAUUUACAGUGGAUGAGGAUGUCCAUAAAAGGGUGGCGCUGUGCAUUGACGGGCCACAGCGGUUCUGCUCCACCAGCAAGCACCUGCUGGGGAGAGAGGCCACUAAGCAAAGGCACCUGCGCUUGCUCGGCUACCAGGUGGUUCAGGUUCCCUAUCAUGAACUGGAGCUGCUUACAUCAAGAUUUGAAUUGGUGGAAUAUUUACAAAGAAAACUAUUUUCUCAAAACUCUCCUGUCCAUUGGUAACAAAGGAAACCGAUGUCAGGAUGCAGAGUGAGAAACUCACAUUUGGAAGAGACAGAUCAAUCUGUGAAUUAGCUGCUGUAUGGAAAUGUGUUUACAGAUUUGGGAUCUGAAAAGGGUCUGUGGCUGUUCUAUACCAUGUAUACGUGUGUUGGUGGUAAAUUACCAUGUAUAUGUGCAUUAGUGAUAAAGUUAAAAUCAACUCAAUACUGAUGUCAUAGAUGCCUUGGCUGCAUCGAGCAGGAUCAUUCAAAUACAAUAAAGCAGUGU